CUAGCCUUAGGAGGACCUGAUGCGCAUGUUGCAGGGCUCAAGUGGCUCAUCUACCACAUUGGGGUAGGACGAGCUGCUGUGUUGUCGGCAAGGCCUGCACCAAGGAUCAUGGCACUUGGGCAGCUUGCAAGGCGCCCGACUCUCCAAUCAGGACUACUGAAUCAUGAGCUACACCAGCCUCGGCGAAUGCCCACGAACGGCAUGAUUGGCGCACAAGUAAAUUUCCCUUGUGCCAAGCUGCCCAUUGCAGUGAAAAGGGCAAGUGGGCGCUGCAAUGCUGACACUUCUCUGACCGCACGGAACAAGUCCUUGGGCUCAAUUGCGGUGCAGCAUUUCUCCAACGGCGAAACACUACGGGCGCAUGCAUUGGGCGCCCCGCACUCAACCAGCAAUCGCACAGUCGCACACUUCAAAUCCGUUGAAAGCCCAAUCUUUGGUGGGGUUAAGUUCAGCAAUAGGCGAAGUCGUGGUGUCGCAGGCUGGGGCCCGGUGCAAAUGAGGAAGUCCAGUCAUGGGCAAGCACGCGCAGCUUCCGCAGAAAGCGCGGGGGAGAAGGCGGGCGAUACGGGGACAGUGAUUGUGUGGCUGAAGCGGGACUUGCGGGUAGACGACCACCCUGGAUUCGCAGAGGCGCUGGCGGCUAGGGGGGCCCUUCCGGUGUAUGUGUUUGACGUCGCAUUGCUGGCAGAGCUCCCUGAGAGUACGGUGGUUGCCAUUCACGAGGGCGUCCUCGACGUGCAGCGCUCGCUCCAGAAGCUCAGAAGCAACUUGGCAGUGGAGGUGGGCCCCUCGCAGGAAGUGCUCCCGGCACUGGCACAGAAGUUGGGUGCCCGCGUUGUCAUUGCCGAGGACGAAGUCGAACACUCGUGGAGACAGGUUGUGAGUGCGGUGGAGGGUGCUCUUCAGUCUGCCGGUGCCCAGCUGCGGACGUGGACGCUGCCCCUUUACUCCUUCCCCGAGGGCCGCCCCGCCCCGUCUGACUACAAACAGUUCGUCAAGUCACGGUCCGCCCCCCUGCCCCCGCUGGACCCCCCCACCUCGCUCCCCCCACACCGAACCCAGGAGGGGGGUCAUGAAAUCGAUGCGGACCCGGGGCAAGAAAUCGAGAAUCGGUAUUGGGGCGAUGGGCGGUACGAACUGCGCGGGGGGGAGACCGUGGCGCAGGACGCCCUCAAAGGGUACCUGCGCUUCCUGGAGGCGACCAAGAACGAGAGCUGGUACCGCAUGUACUCGCUGGUGCGCGAGCUCGAGGCGCGCCCGCUGACGUCAUUCCCGGCCAUCUUCGGGGAGGCGCUGGCGGCGGGGUGGCUCAGCCGGCGGCGCGUGUAUGCAGAGGCGCUCCGCUACGAGAGGGACCGCUCGGGGGGGCGCCUCUCGCCCUUCGGCUUCUCCGCGCUCACCGCUGAGGCGGCGGUGCGGACCGCGGAGCUGGCAGACUUCCAUUGGCAGCUAUCUCGGGAGGGACACGUGGCGCCAGAGGAGGGCCAGACGGGGGCGCGCUGGUGGCGCUGGCGGGGUUUCCUCACGCAGUACCUGCAAAAGGGCGACCGCGGGCCGGCCGUCCUCCUCGUGCACGGGUUUGGCGCGUUCAGCCAGCACUUCCACCGGAGUGUGGACCAGCUGUCGUCGGGCGAGGGCGGAUGCCGCGUGUGGGCCGUCACGCUGCCCGGCUUCGGCCGCUCCGAGAAGCCCCGCCGCCGCUACUCGCAAGAGCUGUGGGCCGAGUUCCUGGCUGACUUCAUUGCGAACGUCAUCCGGGAGCCGGUGAUCCUGGCCGGCAACUCCAUCGGCGGCUAUUGCUGCACCACCGUUGCGGCAGACUUCUCAUACCUCGUGCGGGGCUUAGUGCUGCUCAACAGCGCGGGCCGUAUCUUGCCCGGCUAUACCCUCCCCCCCGCGAGCAGCCUUCCACGAAAGACCUUUGGGGACGCCCUCCCCAGCUUUGUACCGUGGGGAAUUGCUCGCCUCUUGUUUGCGUAUCUCGACGGGAAUGUCGACAGCAUUCUCCGGCGAUGCUACCCCGUGCACCCGGACGCGAUCGAGCGGUGGCUCGUAGAAGAGAUUAAACGGGCGGCGGCGGACCCGGGCUCGGUUGACGUGUUUGAGAGCGUGUUUUACCUGCCCAAACCACGGCCGAUCAACUUUCUGAUCGACCGCUUUGGGGGGCCCGUGUUGGUAGUGCAAGGGCGUUUCGACCCGCUAAAUGAUGCGGUGCGGCGAGCGGAGGCGCUGCGGGCCGCAUGCCCGGGGGCGGUCAGUGUCCACCUAGUCGACGCAGGGCAUUGCCCCAUGGAUGAGUUGUCCGGUCCGGUGAGCACGUACAUUGCAAACUUCGCGAAAGCUCCCCGGGAAAAGCGGGACCCUCCUGAGGGCGAGCCUCGGCCCGACAAACGAAAGGAAGAGGAGGCAGGGGGCAUCGCGGAAGUUGUUGUCGAACUAGCGGGACAGUCAAGGCCGCUAGAUCGCUAACAGACGGGUUGCAAAAGUGAAUCAGAUUGGUACAUGUACACAAGUACGUCAAUAGCGCCCAUGGCACUGGAUGCCGGAGUUGGCCAGGUAUGCGUGAUUGUAUCAUUUGAUCAAUCUACUGAGUCGCAUAUCUAUUAUCAUCAUUCAAUCCACCACGCAA